UUUAUAUGGAAUAUGACAAACCAUCUCUCUCCUCCUUUCAGCUGUUGGGUUAUCUCAAAGCUUUUCUCUGCUAAUCAUUCAAAACAUCAAAAGAUACCUUAAAAAUAGCCCUGCAAGCUCUCCUAAAUACAGAAACAAAAGAUUAAGCUCAAUGUUGAAAACAGCCACCGCUAUCCUGCUAUACAUCACCACAUCUUUCUGCUUGCUGUUCUCUUCCCCACCAAAAUCUUACUAUCAUUCUCUCUACAUAUCCAACUCCCUUUCCGAUAAUGCAUCUGUAUCACACCACCUCUACAUGCUCACUCGUCGGCCCCAUGUUGCCGGAACAGAGGCCAACGCUGAGGUUGCAGACUAUGUUCUAUCCACUCUUGCUUCUUACAAUAUUAAAUCCCACAUAAUCUCCUAUGGUGUUUCCUUGACAUAUCCCGUUUCCCGUUCCCUAAUUCUAACAAAUCCACCUCCAGAAAAACCGAUCAUGUUUGAUCUCCAUCAGCAGAUAUAUGAUGGGGAUCCAUAUGCAGAUGUGGCAAAAGAAGUUCUACCUACGUUUCAUGCCUAUGCAAAGUCGGGAACUGUGAGUGGACCUGUGGUUUAUGUGAACUAUGGACGAGUAGAGGACUACAAAACAUUGAAAGAAAUGGGUGUGAAUGUGUCUGGAGCAAUUGUAUUGGCAAGGUACGGAGAGAUUUACAGAGGAGACAUUGUGCAUAAUGCAUAUGAGGAAGGUGCUGUAGGGGCUGUCAUCUACACAGAUAGGAAAGACUAUGGAGGUGGAGCAGGUGGAGCAGGUGGAGAAGGAUGGUUUCCAGAUGCCAAGUGGAUGCCACCAAGUGGGGUCCAGGUAGGGUCUGUUUAUGAUGGAUCUGGUGAUCCUACCACCCCUGGAUGGGCAAGUAUCCAAGGAUGUGAGAGGCUAUCAGAUGACGAAGUAGAAAAAGGAGGGUUUGUUCCACUGAUACCGUCUUUGCCAAUAUCAGCAGCCGAUGGUGAAAUAAUCAUGAGAUCAAUGGGGGGACAAGUUGCUAAAGAGGAUUGGCAAGGAAGCAAAGAUGGUCCAACUUAUAGGGUUGGACCAGGGCCAGGAGUUCUAAACCUCAGUUACACUGGGAAGCAAACUAUAGCAACAAUUCAGAAUGUUAUUGGUGUAAUAGAAGGAGCAGAAGAACCUGAUCGAUUUGUCCUUCUGGGUAAUCAUAGAGAUGCAUGGACAUUUGGAGCUGUGGAUCCCAACAGUGGCACGGCAGCGCUACUGGAGGUUGCUCAUAGGUUUAAAAAGCUACAGAAAAGAGGGUGGAAACCUCGAAGAACAAUUAUCCUGUGCAACUGGGACGCAGAGGAAUAUGGCCUGACAGGAUCAACUGAAUGGGUAGAAGACAACAGAGAGAUGCUAGCUUCAAGGGCAGUUGCAUACUUGAAUGUUGAUUCAGCAGUUGCAGGAGCAGGAUUUUAUGCCUUCGCAACUCCUCAACUUGAUGAACUACUCAUACAGGCUACUAAACAGGUUCAAGACCCAGAUAACUCAUCACAAACCAUCUAUGAGUGGUGGACUAGUUCCAGCAACACUCCUGUGAUAAGAAGACUGGGUGGUGCAGGGUCAGAUUAUGCAGCUUUUGUGCAACAUAUCGGUGUUGCAUCUGCUGAUAUAUCUUAUGGACUAGCAUACCCCGUAUACCACUCUAUGUAUGAUGACUUCAUCUGGAUGAAGAAGUUUGGCGACCCCAUGUUUCACAGACAUAUCGCAGUGGCUAGUGUUUGGGGUUUGGUUGCUCUUCGGUUAGCAGAUGAGGAGUUUUUACCUUUUAAUUAUCUAUCCUAUGCACAUGAGCUUCAGAAAAGUGCAAAGGAAUUGGAAAAUGAGAUCUCAGAUAAAGGCAUAUUCCUUGAUCCCUUAUACAAGUCCAUUGAGGAUCUAACAAAAGCAGCCACCAAAAUAAAUAAUGAGAGAAAGGCAAUAGAAGAAAGCGGAGGCUGGGCAUCAAUAUUGAAGAAAGAUCAUUUGAGGGUGAGAGAACUCAAUGACAGACUCAUGAUGGCAGAACGAGCAUUUACUGACCGAGAGGGACUUUCUGGGAGGCCAUGGAAUAAGCAUUUGAUAUAUGCACCCUCAAAGCAUAAUGACUAUGGAUCUACAUCCUUCCCUGGAAUUGAUGAUGCCAUUGAAAAGGCAAAGAAGCCCAACACUGCAGACUCAUGGAAUGAUGUACAACAUGAAGUUUGGAGAGUAUCUAGAGCUAUCAGACAUGUCUCACUAGUCCUCCGUGGUGAAUUAACAUGAAUAUGUACAAUAUACUCACAUUGUAUGUAGUUCAUAAACACUUUGCUGAAAAUAAAAUUUCACGAAGACAAUAACAUAAUUUCUCAUCAAA